AUGUCCCCAUCAGUGACGAGCGAGAAAGUAUUGGAAGAGGUCCCAAUCCUCAUCAUCGGCGGCGGUCCUUCGGGAUUGCUGCUCGCAUUCAUGCUGUCUCAACUUGGAGGUAAUCCCAGUAUCUACCUCUUAGACAAUGCAAUGCCGAAUGCUUACUGUCAAGUUCAAUCCCUGAUUGUCGAGAGAUAUCCAACCAGACUCGCUGCCCCCAAGGCGCACGCGCUGUCCCCACGUUCUCUCGAAAUCUGCCGCCAGUUCGGACUGGACGUCAACGAGAUCCGCAAGAUCGGUACACCGCGACGGGAUGCGUACUGGGUUAACUUUAUCACCAGUCUGGACGGAAAGCUGGUGGGCCGUUUGCCGUAUGAGCGAAUGGAUGCGGACGUGCUGGAUAUGAUUCACAACAUCCCCCAGCCUGCGUUUGAAGAGGUUGUGGCUCGAAGAGUGUCGAAAAGUCCUCUGUGUGAGAUUCGCAAGAAUCAUUCAUUCGUGGGCCUGGAGCAGUUUGACGAUCAUGUCCUCACCACCAUUGAAGAUCGCAGUCUGCGAAGAGAAUACAUUGUGAAAUCCAGACAUGUCGUCGCCUGUGACGGGGCUAAAAGCGCCGUCCGGAGAUUUCUCGGUGUUGAAAGCGAGGGCGAGGACUCUUAUGAAACGAUGAUGACGAUCCAUUUCAACGCAGACUUGCGACCUGUCGUGGGAGAUCGCGUGGGCAUGCUGCAUUGGGUCAUGGACCCGGAGGUCUCGGGGUUCAUCAUCGGAUACGAUCUUUCGGGCAAUCAGGUCUUGAUCUGCAACUUUGAUGCCGAGAGACAUCCUGCGGAAUCGUGGAAUGAGGAACUCUGCCGGAAGAUAGUGGAUGGGGCCAUUGGAAAGGGAGUCAAGUACGACGUGCUCUCUUAUCGGCCUUGGGUACUGAGCAGAAAGGUGGCCAACAAGUACAAGAUUAACAGAGUCUUUUUAGCAGGAGAUGCAGCGCAUUCGUUCCCUCCAACAGGUGGAUUGGGCCUGAACUCUGGAUUAGGCGACGUGCACAACCUCGCAUACAAGCUCGCAGCCGUCCACAAAGGCUGGGCUGGGGAUGGCCUUCUGGAAAGCUACGAGGCUGAUCGGCGUCACGUUGCGAUUGUAAACUCCCAGCAAAGCGUGAAGAACGGACUCAAGAUCUUCGGGCUAUUGAAGAAACUCGGCACGACAAACAAGAAUGUCGAGAUAGCCCGGGAGCACCUCUAUCGGAACCUGCAAGAUCCGCAAGCAGUGGCCGAGAUCGAACAGGGCAUCGAAGAGCAACGAGAACACUUUGAUAAUCUCGGCCUACACAUUGGAUAUGUGUACGGGGACACGGGCAUUCCCGAAUGUGCCUCGGUGUUUCAGCCCGUCUGUAGGCCCGGUGCUCGUCUGCCCCAUGCGUGGAUUCGGAUAUUGCCUUCGGCAGACGUGCAGUUGCCUCCAAUCGACUCUUCAUACGUGUCGGAGCUGUCGGCUGAACAGGUCAAGUGGAAAGAAUAUUCCGCUCUGGACUUGUGUGCGUUCGACUCUUCCACGAUCAUCGUGGAUAGUGCCAGAUCGCACCAGUGGGGUUCGUACAUUGAGCAGUUGAAGGAGCAAUUACCCGCUGUCAUUGCCAGUACUUUGUCUAUCCGGAUGCUCAUCCUUGGGAAAGACUUUGAGCUGGCGCCUGGGGCGGAAGGACGGCGUUGGAUUAGGCUGAUGGGAUUGGAAGAAGGACAAGCAAUCCUCAUCCGGCCGGAUCAGCACAUUCUGGCUUGCUUUGACUCAGCCACGGCUGAAGUGAGAGAUCUUUUGCAUACUUUGCAGGAUCAUCUAGCUUGGUCAAUUGAGUAG